CCUUUCUCAUCCCAGAAAACAGCCCGCAUCACAGCAUUGAUACUCUUUGCGCCAUACAGCAAUUCACCAUGCUCUACUCCUCCGUCAUUGUCGCCGUCUCGGCUCUUGCUGGCUUCGCCGCUGCUCAGAACAGCACCGUCAUCGCCUGCUGCGAGGUGCCCGUUAACAACGUGUCUGAGGAUCUGAGGCAGUCAUGGUGUGACGCCCAGGAGAACACCUGCGUCGACCUCUGCGGUGGCCAGGGUGACAUCGCCAGCAACGGCAACACCUGCGAUGCUUCUACCCUCGAAUACACUUGCAAGUGCUCUAAUGGCACCACAAUUGCCGAAGACACCAUGAAGACUUACCAGCAGACCGUUCCUGCCCAGAUGUGCUACUUCUGGUACGACGCUUGCAUCAACGCCACCAUCAACCCCACCACCAAGGAGGGUAACGCUGCUCAGCAGUUCCAGUGCACGCAGGCUCGCGACGCCCAGUGCGGUAACACUACUAUCGACGAGUCCUCAUCCGGCUCCUCUUCCGCGUCAGCCUCUGCCUCGGGCUCCGGUUCCGCUUCCCGCACGUCUGCUGCCUCCGGCACUGGCGCAGCUGCCACUGGUUCCAGCACCGCAGCUGCUUCCGCUGGUGCUGCUGUCGCCAACUUCGCCCUUGGCACACCUGCUCUGGCUGGUGGUCUCCUCGCCAUCUUCGGCCUUGCCUUGUAGAAAGGUUCAACUAUCUCAGUGCGGAUAGCGGGCCGGUCCCUAUUGGGUCGUUGUGGUAAUAAUGAAGGAGGAUAUAGGUUUCACGAAGUUACUUUGGCGUCACGUUGCAGGGUCUUGUAUGCUCGCUUGCGCAUGAUAUGGUGGAGGAGAAGCUCGAGGAGCUUUAAUGCGAUGAUAUGAAGGAUACACGACUUGCAAUACCCCGAAUCAAAUCUUCAACUGUUCAAAUAUCUUCUCUCUGCAUACAUGAAGUCUUGUUACAUGCAACCUUACAUCCGCUCAGCUUGCCGGUCAUUGUAACGCAUUUUCCUUGUGUUGCUCGCACAUGUAGC